CUUUUCCGUCUCAAGCCACACACUAAACACACAGGCGCUGUAUGCUCAUCCCAGGACAGCAAAACACCCAGACAGAAAAUAAAGCAAAUUACUGCAGUGCACCAUGGCUCAGGACGGGGUGAUACUGCAGUUCAACUUUCCCACUUUUGGGGACUCCAUGCUUCAAAAGAUGGAUGCUCUUCGUCGAGACAGACGUUUCUGUGAUGUUGUGGUCCGCAUCAAUGACUUGGAAGUGCCUGGACACAAAGUGGUCUUUGCUGCUGGCUCCCCUUUCCUCAGAGACCAGUUUGUCCUUCAGGACUCACAUGAAGUACAGAUAUCUACACAGCAGGAUGCAGAAGUUGGACAGAAGCUUCUUCUGUCCUGCUACACUGGGACACUGGAGUUUCCAGAGCUGGAAUUAGUACACUAUUUAACCGUUGCUAGUUUCCUCCAGAUGGGUCACAUUGUAGAGCAGUGCACCGAAGCUCUAAAUAAAUUCAUAAAACCACACGAGGUCAAAGACGAGCGUGCAUCAUCCCGACAGCCAUCGGACUUCAACGCACAGCGUGGCCAACCAGCUGUGGAGACAGUAUGUGAUGAAGAGGAUGAGGUGGACAAUGAUGCAGAAGAUGACUUUGAUGAUGAUGAUGAUGAUGAUGAUGAUGAUGUGAUCAUACAGCCCAAGUCUCCGCCUGUGUUUAGAAACUCUCAGAGCAACAGCAGAGGAGAGGAAAGUCCCAUUAGCAUCGUUAAGGUAGAGUCAAUAGAUGAGCGAAUGCCUGAUAACUUCCAGAGUCGCUCAAGUCGCUCGCCAACACUGCGCUCACCGGAGCCACAGCACUCCCUGAUAAACUCCACAGUGGAAACCCGACCUGCAGAAAUCGCCAUCAACCCUGCAGCUGAAUAUUCGCUGUCCCCGCCUGGCCCCAGCGGCUCCGGGAAAGGGAAUCUUUGGGGAUGCUCAAGGAAUGCCGAUAAGGGUAUGCAGUGGUACCACCAGUGCCCUAAAUGUGCUCGCGUGUUCCGUCAGCUGGAGAACUACGCCAACCAUCUGAAGAUGCACAAACUGUUUAUGUGCCUCCUGUGCGGAAAAACAUUUACCCAGAAAGGAAACCUGCACCGGCACAUGCGUGUCCACGCCGGCAUCAAACCCUUCCAGUGUAAGAUAUGUGGAAAGACUUUUACUCAGAAGUGCUCGCUGCUGGACCACCUGAACCUUCACAGUGGGGACAAACCACACCGUUGUAAUUACUGCGACAUGGUGUUUGCACAUAAACCAGUUCUCCGUAAACACCUGAAGCAGAUCCAUGGAAAAAACAGUUUUGAUAAUGCCAACGAAGGCAAUUUGCUUGAAGCACUAUAAAUUCAUAUUAACGUCUAAAUAAAUUAUAUUAAUAUACAUGACAGACGUAGACACAAUUUGUCUUAAAGACAAUUCUAUAAAAAAGUGGUUCUCAACCAGGAGGUCAGGGUCCACUUGGCGGCCCCAGAAAAGGCCCGUUCAAUGCAAGGACGAUAAUUAUAACAACAAUGAUAAAAGAUAUAGUUUCAAAAAUCAUUCUAAAUGCAAACAAAUAACAGGCCACACCUCGGAAUCACUUUCAGAUGACACGAUAAAAACAUUGACAGCCCGUUAGAAUGCAUUCAGUUUUAAAGAGCGUGAGCAUUUAAAGCAGUUGAUGACUACUGCACGUGUUUACAAUAAACAGAACAUUAUUGUAUGCUGGUGUGGAUACUGAUAUAGUUAUCAUUACGGUUAUUGUUAUAGUUAUCGGUCUUGGUGUGAAUGGGCUUUAGGUGUUAAAAUAAUUUAAAUGUAGUUAUAUUAAGAUCAAUUGAAAUUCUACAAAACACAAAAAUAAUAAUUUACAUGAAACUAACUCAUUACGUUUUUGAGUUUAUUCAUUUUUAAAGAAAGAAGUACCAGAGGUACGUAAUUUAUAGGUACAUAAAUUCUUGACAAGGGUGGAUUGGUGUCAAAAAGGUUGAGAACCACUGCUGUAAAUUAAUACACUAAAUUACAAGAACUAAAUGAAGUGUCCACUGAUAGAUAAAUGUACAGUCAAAGUCAGGUUUAAUGUCAUUUUGUUUUUUUCAUAUUGCAGGUCAAUGGAGAUGUAUUGAGUUGAUUUUGAAUGCUGCUGUGGCAUCAUUUGGCUGUCAUAUCUUUUGUAAAGAUAAAAAUGUAUUGUUAAAGUAUAUCCAAUCAGACCAUAUUUCAGUUUUGAAUGCUAAUGUAUAACAUCCUCAUUUGAAAACAGCUGUAUUUGAACAUUAUUGCGCAACUCUUGUUCUGUAAUAAAUGUUUCCAUGCUUCCAUCUGUGUAAACAUGCCAGAAUUUGGAGAAAAUUGCUGACACUAAUAAAUAAUUGCAGAUACUGCAUGAAAUGUGCACU